AUGGUCGAAAAGCUCUACGUCACGUAUAACGAUGUGCACAAGCUGUGCCAGGAGGCUGCACCGCAGAUCCUGGCCGACUUCAAGCCGCAGCUGAUGAUUGCCAUCGGCGGCGGCGGCUACGUGCCGGCGCGUAUCCUCCGCUCGUUCCUCAAGCAGCCUGGCAGCCCCAACAUCCCGAUCCAGGCCAUCGGCCUCUCGCUGUACGAGCAGCUGGCUGGCUCCACCGACACCGAGGUCGAGGCCGCCGGCACCAAGGUCACGCGCACCCAGUGGCUGGACCUGACGGCGCUGGGCGAGAUGGCCAACCUGGUCGGCAAGCGCGUGCUGAUCGUCGACGAGGUCGACGACACCCGCACCACGCUCGAGUAUGCCGUCAAGGAGCUGCAGAAGGACGUCGAGGAGGCCCGCGAGAAGAUUGGCAGCGAUCUCAAGACCGAGUUCGCCAUUUUCGUCCUUCAUAACAAGGACAAGCAGAAGAAGGGCGUCCUUCCCGAGUCAAUCACGAACGGCCGGUACCUGGCCGCCCGGACGGUCGGUGACGAGUGGAUCUGCUAUCCGUGGGAGGCCAUGGACAUCGACGAGCACGACAGGAACUCGGCCGCGGCCAAGGCGAAAAACGGCUUGUGA